AUGUUCAAUCCGUUCGGAUCAGGCAAUCAACCUCGCGGCGAUGCGUCUUAUCCUCCUCAAGGAUCUCCACAGCCACAAGGUGGUUAUAACAGCGGUUAUGGGCAGGAUCCCCGAAUGGGAGGUAUGAGCGGAGGCAGCAGCCAUGGAGGCCCUCCAAUGGGUAGGCCAGGUGAGAGACCAAUGCCUCCUAGACCUACCGGAGGUAGAGGUGGCGAGGGGCAGACCUGGUCUUUACGCCCUGCCAAAAGUCCCGAUAAUUCAUACACAUAUGGAAACCUUGUUGCAGUUUCUCCCCGUGAUAUCCCUCGAUCUCGCGAUGGUACCGAUGUCCUGAUUCUUGUCAAUGGAUUAUACGUGUUUUCCGCUCGUCCCAUGGAGGGCUUCCCUCAAGGUCAUAUCAGUAUGUCCGACCCGCAAAGGACAUGGGCGCAAAUUGCCUUGACCGAUAUGGUGCAGGUACAGUUAUACGAUGCGUUCAGCCAAAGUAGCCAAGCCUACCUCGGGUCUUUGGAUAUUGAAGUGAGCUUUGCUGGACGAAAGAGAACGGAAGUUCCUUAUGACCAAGACCAACUUGCGCAGACAUUUAUCAAGAACUUCGAGGACCAGAUCCUUGCACCUGGCCAGAAGAUAUUGAUGGAUGACAAGAGCAUCCCUUUGCUACUAACAGUGAAAACGGUCCAGCUUGGUGACUUAACCACUGAGAAGCCAUCUUCUUCUGCACCAACCUCCUCGGAUCCUCGCUCCAGAGGUAUUUUAACAGGUUAUACGUUAAUCAACUUUUUCAAAGAUGCAAAAACUGGAAUCAAUGUUAAAGCAUCUAACCGGCGACCAGCAGCAAACUCAAUAGUUCAGCCUGAUUUCAAAUUUGAGAAUAUGGGUAUUGGUGGAUUGGACACAGAAUUUAGCACCAUCUUCCGAAGAGCUUUCGCAUCCCGCAUUUUCCCACCGGGCCUUGUCGAGAAGCUUGGUAUCCAGCACGUCAAAGGUAUUUUGCUAUACGGACCUCCUGGAACAGGUAAAACAUUGAUUGCAAGGCAAAUUGGAAAAAUGCUGAAUGCCAGGGAGCCCAAGGUCAUCAACGGCCCCGAAGUUUUGAAUAAAUUUGUGGGCCAGUCUGAGGAGAACAUUAGAAAACUCUUUGCCGAUGCAGAGAAGGAGUACAAGGAGAAGGGAGACGAAAGUGGACUACACAUUAUCAUAUUUGAUGAAUUGGAUGCCGUUUGCAAACAGAGAGGCAGCGGUGCCGGUGGCGGAACAGGUGUUGGUGAUAGUGUGGUCAACCAGCUUCUAUCAAAGCUCGAUGGUGUUGACCAACUGAACAAUAUCUUGCUUAUAGGAAUGACAAACCGGAUGGACAUGAUUGAUGAUGCGCUCCUGCGCCCAGGUCGAUUAGAAGUCCAUAUGGAAAUAUCCCUGCCAGAUGAGCAUGGCAGAGCUCAGAUAUUGAAGAUCCACACCCAGAAAAUGCGAGACAACGAUGUUAUGGACCGAGACGUGGAUAUCAAAGAACUUGCAGCCCUUACCAAAAACUUUUCAGGUGCCGAAAUCAGUGGAUUGGUGAAGUCGGCAUCGUCAUUCGCCUUUAACCGUCACGUCAAGGUGGGAACCAUGGCUGGCAUCAGUGAUGACAUCGUCAACACGAAGGUCAACCGAACGGACUUCCACAAAGCACUAGAAGAGGUAAAGCCUGCCUUUGGUGUUUCUGAAGAAGAGCUCGAGACUUGUAUCCACGGAGGCAUCCACCCAUUUCUCCCGAGCAGCAAGCUCUUCGUCAAACAAGUCCGUGACCCAGAUGCCACAACAUCUCUUUUCUCAGUGCUGCUUCAUGGACCGCCUGGGAGUGGCAAGACGGCUCUCGCUGCUAAGAUUGCAAUUGACUCAGGUUUCCCCUUUGUCAAACUAAUUAGCCCAGAAGAUAUGGUGGGCUAUAGUGAGAUGGCUAAAGUCCAACACAUGAACAAAGUGUUCACAGAUGCCUAUAAGAGUCCAACCAGUGUUGUUGUCAUGGACAACAUUGAGCGAAUCAUUGACUGGGUGCCCAUUGGACCUCGAUUCAGCAACUCAGUCCUCCAAGCUGUGAUGGUGCUGCUCAGGAAACAGCCUCCUAAAGGCCGUCGUCUGCUAGUUCUCGCAACUACGACUGAACGGUCAAUCCUGAAGCAACUCGACGUGUUCACUUCAUUCAAUUCAGACAUACCCGUACCAAACAUUAACACCUACGAGGAAUUAGCCUACAUCUUGCAGCAGGAACAAACUUUGUCUUCCGAUGAGGUCAAAUCUGCUUUGUCACGGAUUCGAGAAUUGACACAGAGUGAUAAGAUUGGAGUCGGCGUAAAAAAGGUGCUGCUUGGUGUUGGUACCGCAAAACAAGACACCGAUAGAGCCAGCCGGUUUGCGUCUGUUAUUGCUCGAGCAAUGGAUGAGCAAAAUUAUGUAUAA